GUGAAGUCUGUGCCAGCGAGACCAUUGCGACAGAGCUUGCCGAGCAGGCAAGAACAGCUUCGGCUCGUUGCAACUCCAGUCAAAGCCUCUGCCCUCAUAGCAGAAGCGACUACGGUCCUGCAAUCCCGAUCGAGCGGUCACAACUCUGCACCUACUCCGCGGCCUCGAGACCCAACCGGGCCAGGCCCUGCAGAGCGCGGGUCCUCCAGGAGCAAGUCCCAGGGGCCAAGGCAGUCUGGAACUCGGCAGUUGGCCCGCAUCGAGGGUGUUGUGACCGAGAUCCAGCGUGAGCUCAACGAGGUCAAGGUUCUGUCGGAUAGUUUUGAAGAGCCUGGGACGCAGUCCACUCUGCUUGCUCCUGGUGCCUGCAUCCCCACUGUGGCACACGUGGGCGUCGGUGAGCUCAUGCAUGUGGCAGGGGGCAUAAGCCCUGUGGGAAGUCGCACGAAAGUACAUCCGCAUGGGGCUACGCUCCUUCACCCGCUUCACCCAGCGGGGAGCAUAAGCCCCGCCUACCUCCCGGCGGGGACACCGCGCCCCACACACAGUUGGUACAGGGAGCUCGAGGAGCGCAAGUGGCGGGCAAAUGCAGAGCACAUCUUGAUGAUCGAGUCAAGCUGGGCGCAGCGUGUCAAGGAAGCAGAAGAAGCUGCAUCCCGCUCGGAUGAGCGAGCACGAGUGGCGGAGGAAGCCCACGGCCGCUUGCUGCGCGAGAAAGCCGAGAUGGCUGACGCAGCCCAAGCGCGUGCAAGGCAGUUGGCUGAGGAGCAGGAAAAGUACACCUUCCUGGAAGGUCGUGAGACAAGCUUGCAGGCAACUCUGUCAGCCCUGGAAGACCGCGCAGCGAGCGCGGACAAACUCGCAGCCGAGCAUCAAGCAGAGCAGGCUGCAGUGGCCGACGAACUCGACUUGGUUACUGGCCGCUUCGAAGAGCAGCUGCAGCACAGCAUGGAGCUCAAGAAGGAGCUCUCAAGGAUGCGUGAUGAGCUCGAUGCCCGCAAGACGGACGAGCAGACGAAGCAUCGAGACAUCGAGCGCGAGUGGAAGCAGCGCGUUGAGGAGCUGAAGACCGGCUUGACAACCGCGCGCGACACAAUCCAAGCCCAAAAGAUCCAGAUGGCCAAAUUGAAGGCGUCGGAGAAAUCCGACACCAACUCCGACCUGCAAGAAGCAAUAGCUCACUGGAAGACUCAGCUGAGCCAAGCCAACUCCAAGCUCGAGGAUCAGCACCGGCUGACCACGCACCUGCAACAGAAGCUGGCCUCCUUGGAGGAUGAGUUGGCGGCAGCGCAUGCGGCGCAUGCGAGCCAAAGCAACAGCAUGCUCAUGAUUGACCAAAGCAGCCAGUCUGAAGAAGCUGUGGAGACCUAUGCGGACAUGGUUGAGGUCCGAGAGCAGCUCCGUGGCGAGCUGAGGGAAAGAGAGGCAGCGAUAUUGGCAGCCACACGGCAGGUAGAGAUGUGCGAGUCUUUGAACAACGAGCUGGACCAGGCUGUAGCCGAUUUGCAGACAGAUCUGACUGCUUGCAAGCAGAAAGAGGAAGCACAUCAAGCAAUUGCCGAGUCCAGAGACGCCGCAGUGGAGGAAUGGAAAGCACAAGCGCAGCAGUGGCAAGUGCGAGCUUCACAGCUUGAAGAAGAGUUGGAUGCUCAGGUGAAGGCCCUCCAAAAAAGUGUAUGUCAGGUGACAGACUCCACGACUCAGAUCACGAAGCUGGAAUCGCAGCUUUCGAGCUUCAAGCAGACCGCCGAGAGCAGCCAGGUCGUGAUUGCCAGCCUGAAGCAGGAAGCCUCAGAAUUGCAAGCCGUCAGAGCACGAGAGGUGCAGAUAAAAAGCAAAACGGAGGCCUUGGAGCAGGAGCUGGCAGUUGCCAAGUCCGAGAGUCAUAGCUUGCGAGAGGAGCACCUGGCCCUUCAGCAGGCGGUCGAGCACCACACCGGGCUCGAAGCCGACGCGCAUGCCGAAGCUGCAGGCUUUAAACAUGCUCUGGAAGCGGCUGCGGAGAAGAACAUGCUCCUCGAAAGUACAACUCAGUUGAUGCAGCAGGAAGUCGACGCUCUUGAAAACGAGACAGCCUCGGCAAAAGGAAGAGCAGGGGAGGACCAGCAGUACAUUGCCAAACUUCAGCAGCAGUUGGAAGUCCUGGAGGAUGAGAUCGUAAGUAGCAAGAAGCUACAGGAGGCUCAGUUGGGCACCCAUGCCGAUCUGCAUCGUGCUCUCCUCCAGACGGAAGACCAGCUGGCCAGAUCCUUGCGCAACGACGAGAUGCAGCAGGAGUUGACUGCUAAGCUGCGCAGUUCCCUGAAUUCCUCAGAGGUCAACCUUUCCGAGUACCGAUCGAACUUGGAGGCUCAGGAAGCCAUGGAGUCCCAGCUGAGGAAGCAUGUGGACAGCUUCCGAUCCGAGUCCAAGGAGCAGAAGAAGAUAGCGACGGACUUGAGGCUGCGACUGGCGGAGUCCGAGGACGAGCGGAACGCCUCCGACACGGCCUACCAGACCUUGCAAAGCAUAGAAACGGAGCUCCGCGGCCAGCUUUCGGAAGAGAGAGAGCAGCUCUCCGAACUGUGCGGAGCCCUUCAAGUGCAGCAGUCUGUGAACGCUCAGCUGGAGCAGAGCUUGGCCACCAGCGUUUCCGAGUUGUCCCAGGCAAGAGCAGACGCAUCCAUGCAGGACGGUCUUGCGAGGCAGCUAGAAGACAAGCUCGAGGCAUCAGAGGCGUGUAAAGUCCACACGGAAGACAAGCUGCAACGGCAUGCAGACUGUGCGUCUGAGCUACAAGAGCAAGUUAUCCUGCUGGAGGGCUCGCUGGCCACUGCGUUGUCUGCUUCCGAGCUUCAAGCUGCAGCAACAACAGAGCUACAACAAAGCUGCGACCAUCUUCAGGAACAGAUGCAUGGGCUUCAGUCCGAGCUUCGUGCGGAAACGGAAGCUGCGAAGCAGCAACUCAACAGUGAGACUGAGCUGAAGGACCUAGCUGAGCGACAACAUGCCGAAAUCCUGGAGCUGCGACUGCGUGGCGAAGCGAAAGAGAGCUUGGAGGCCGCAUUGAAAGAGAAGAAGAUGCAAGAAGUGGAGAUGAAGCACAGUGCUGCGAUUGCCGAAGCAGAGAUCGCGGGGGCUCGGAACAGUGCCAAGGCGCAGCAGAAGCUCGUGGGCGAGCUCAGGAACUGCCUUCGGGACACGGAGGCAGAAUCGGCGAAGGCUUUGGCGAAGUUUAAGGAGCAACAGGAUCGGCACGAGCAGCGCCAGAAAGAAGCCGAAGAUCGUCUGGCGACAGCCCAGACGGAGCUGGUCUCUGCGGGUCAGCGUGUGGAAGACCUGGAGCAGCUGGCGGUGGAACAAAAGAAUCGCUUAUCCAGUUUGGAAGGUGAUUUGGCAAAAGCCCGCUGCCAGGAGAAGGUGCUCCAAGAAGCUGCGGAGGAUCUGAGGUCAGAUAUCUCCAAGAGAGAAGGAGCACUAUUGGAUUCCCUGGCAAGCUCCGAAGUGCAUCAAGCCAGCGAGGCUGCACUUCGAAAAGCUCUGCAUACCCAAGAAAAAAUCCUGGCAGAUGAGAGGGUGGAGCGUGAUGCGACCCUGAGAGAGCUGGCCGAGCGUGCGGCUCAAGUUGAAGAGCUGCAGCAAAGCCUUGCAGAGCUGCAGGCAGGUCGGCAGAAGUUGGAGCUACGCCUGCGACAGACCCAGACCAGUACAGAUGCCAAGCUUCGGGAUGCGGCUUCGAUUGAAGCAUCGCUUCGAGAGAAGCUCCAGGACGUUUGGAGCAAGCUGGCUACAAAGGCAGACGCGGGAUUGAACCCAGAGGGGCUCUCAGAUCCUCUGUACAGCGUCUUCGAGCAGAAGGCGUCGAAGAUACACAGAAAGGUUGCGGCAGCCAUGCGGCGUGCUGGAGAUGCGCACCACGCAGCCCUCGAUCUGGAAAUGUCGAGAGCAUCCCAGCUUUCUGGUGACGGUCAGGCCAUGCACUCUUUGCUCCUCCGCUCUGCUGCUAGACGAGAUCGCCUUGCGCAAGAACUGCAAGAGAUGCUCGCCCAAGUGCAGAGCACGCUGCCGUUGAAGUGCGCCGAAGGAACGGAUGCAGGCUCUGAUGAAGAGGAGCUGGCAGCUGAGCGCCUAGAGCUGGAUGCGCAGCUGAUCUCGCAAGAGCUGCCGCUGCUCACCUCAAGCCCGCUGCAGGGCAUCCCACAACCGGUCCUCAAGGCCAUGGCAGGGCUCUGUGGCGUGGACGUGGCACCGGACACGGACCAUCUGGACCUGGAUCUGGAUGGACGCUUUCCCAUGCACUGGGCAGCACGCCAGGGCAGGCGAGAUGUCAUCGAGUUCCUAUUUCGCUACAUCUCUAUGGACGACGGGUUGAACCAGCGCGACCCCGACGGACGGACACCACUCUUCUAUGCCGAGCGCGCUGGAAAUGAUUCGCUGGCAUUGUUUCUGCGAGAGAACGGCAGCGAUGCCAAUCCACAGGAGCCGGUUCGCAGAAGACCUGCCACGAGCACCAUUCCGGAUGCCUUCACCGAUGUGAUCAAAGUGGUCGAAGAAAGAGGCUGGCAUGCGGUGAACUGGAUGGAGGGCUUCACUAUGCUUCAUUGGGCCGCAGAGAAGGGCCAUUCUGAUUUCUGCAGGUACUUUGUGGAUCUGAAUGCAGACCUGAACGCUGUCGACAGCCGAGGGCGCACAGCUCUUCAGUGUGCUAUGGACGCCAAGAACGCAGAAGUUGAGUUGGUGCUGCGAGAGCUCAUGGGCCUGCCUCAACGGACGGAGGAGCCCGGAGGCAGCGAGGAGCCACCGGAAAUGCAUGAAGUUAUGUCAGUCGCGGCUUCUAACCAGCAACAUCUCGGGAUUCCUGCUGCGUAUGUUCGUGUCAUGCAGCAGAUCGACUUGAUAGGCUGGGAGAAGAUGCAGUGGGCUCGCGGCUUUACGCUUCUGCAUUGGGCUGCGAAGCACGACAGAGCAGAUCUAUGCGAACUUUUCUUGUGGCACGGAGCUGACCCAGAGCACAGAGAUGCAUCAGGACACUCUGCCGUCGACUAUGCGCGACUACGGCAGCCUCAAGCUUCAGCCGUCCUGGACACUUUGCUUCGUGGUUGCCGGGCAAGCACGGUUCGGACAUGUGGAUGCCUAAAGAUUGAGUGUAUAGACGGAGCAUGGCGAAGAUUGUAA